UCCCAGGCCCUGCCCUCAAUGCCUUCUGACCAGGCCCUGGCCUGGUUCUGUCACCCUGUCCCAGUGGGUGCUUCAGACCACUCACUGACCAAGUGAAGGACUGAUUCGAGGUUACAGAGUGCUGUGUUUAUGUGACCUGAGAAUAUGUGUGCACAGACUGUGCCUGCAGUGUCAUUGCACAGUUGAGCAUGUACAUGUGCUGCCUGUGUGUAGGCAGCCUGUCCACACAUGCCUAGGAGUGUGACUCCGUGUCCUGGUAGAUGGGGAAGAAGAGAGGGAGUUGUGCCCAGGGUCCCCUGAUUACUUCUGUGGGUGCAUGUUUGUGCGUCUUGUUAGGGGUGCUUGGGGGUAUGCAAGAUUCUGCCCUGGGCAGAUCACCUGUGUGUGUGUGCGCACACGCGCGGGCGUGCAUUAGGGGGUGUACUGUUACAGCAUCCUCAACCAACUCUGUAUGUGUGCGUGUGUGUGUGUGUGAAUGUGUGUGCAUUAGGGGGUGUACUGUGUUACAACAUCCUCAACCAACUCUGUAUGUGUGCAUGUGUUUGUGUGUGUGUGUGUCCUACAGGUGUGAGCGAGUGGAUGCUUCCACUACUUGCAUUGUCCUUGCACACUCGCGUGUGUCCCUUGAGAACAGAGCCCAGCAUGUGCUAGCACCUGCAGGAACGUGUGAGUGUGCAUUCUGCGGUUCCCUGUCCUGCUGACUCCCUGCUUGUCCCGAGGGCGUGUGCGCCUUUAGGUCCCAGGCCUGCGUGCUCGCCAGUGUGAGUGCCAGUGAGUGUGGCCCCGCGCAGCUCUCUCCGCUCUGCGCUGCCUGCACACUCACCCUGCAUAGUUGCUGCCGGGUGACUCGGGCGGGGCCGGCCACCUGCCUGCCCGCCCAUGGCACUCACUGGCGCCGGCAGUCGCUGAGGCCCUGCCGCGCCCCGCAGGGCCUGUUGAGCCGCCCCCGGGCCGGGGUCGCUGCCGGCCAGGCUCCGCUCAGGCGGUGCGGCGCUGCCUGUAUGAACCCCCGGCGGCCCAGGGAAAAGGCGACCAUCUGCAUCCAGGAGCACGUGGCCAUCGACAUGUGCCCCGGCUCCAUCUGUCCGUCCAGCCGAUUUCUGCCUACUUCCCUCACUUCCCGCGGAAGCUGCCCCAUGACGCCCCCGCGCGUCGGGCCGCGGCCAGCGCCUGCCCCUGCCGCCCCUCCGACGGCUCCCGCGAUGACUACAAGGAUGGGGACCAUCUCCUCGGAGUCUAAGGAUUCAGUCCGGGUUCCAGCCCUGUGCAGCCUCCCGCCAAGCCGCCAGAGGACGAGCUGGACGUCAAAGGCUACCAGUGGACGACUGCAGUUACAUACCUCUCUGUGCUUCAGUUUCCUCGUGUGUGAAAGGGGAUAGUUACAGCACUUACCUCAGAGGGCCACUGUGAAGAUUAAAUGCAUUAAUAUCUAUGCGAGGCAGAGAACAUUACCGGUUCAUAGUAAGUGCCAUGUUAAGUGCUAUCUACUAUUAUUACUAUUACCAUUUUAUUAUUAUUGAAAUAUUUCAAUACAUCCAUUUUACAUAAAAAACAAGUGCAGGUCUCUUGUUCUUUGCCUAUAUACCCCUAUGUCUCUCUUUGCCUGGCUAAUCUCAGUUCAAUCUAUAAUAGAGAAUAGUUAGAGCCAUGUAAAUGUACUGAUGUGAAUAGCAAAAUGAUUAAAUGCAACUUUUGGUAUAUCUAUGCAAUAAAAUAUCAGGCAUAUACUCAUGCCAUUUUUGAGUAAUAUUUAAAUUUGUAAUGACACAGAAGAUUAAGUAACAAUACGAUAUACUAGUUCUUGAAAGAAUGUUAAGUACCAAUAAUAAAAUAUAAAACUAGGUACAGAAUAAUAGGGCAAUUUUAAUUUUCUUAUU